AUGUCCUCCGGAGAGCGGUCACCCAAACGCCAGCGCCUUGAGGGAUCCUACUCACCCGCCAGCCCGAUUCCCACUUUUGACACAAAGACCUUUAUUCCGCCCCAGACGCCGCCGCCUAGCGUGCGAAUGUCUCCUUCAUGGACCGCGCAGAGCCUCACCGCAGGCCAGCACCAGCAGCAGACAGGGAGCGGCAGUGGCAGCGGAGGAACUGGUAGCGGCACAACGUUUCCGACCCCGCCGAGCACCCACGGCAUCUACAGCCACACGAACACCCACAGCGGCAUCGACAGUGCACGGCAGACACCGGCUGGUGAUGACGAGAUGGAUGUGCGACGGACUGAUGAGAACAGACGACGGGACGGCGACGGCGACGCAGAGAUGACGGAUACACAGGCGGUGGAUGCAGGGCACAGACGGACGGAUCAUGAGCGAGAAGGGACAGGCGGAGCCACAGCCGCAGCAUCACUAACAACGUCGGCGUCGGCAUCGACAAUGGCUUCGGGUCCUGCAGCAUCACCACCUAUCCCGGGCGCUGGCGUGCUAUACAGACUCCGCACAGCCCCUAUAGCUCCUUCGCGUCCGCAUCCGACGCAAGACCUCUUGCAGCUCUAUGAUCUGAAGCGCAUACAAGCGUCGGUUGCGCGUAAAGAUCCUGUCACGGGCGAGAAGAUUAACGUCAUGCGUAAGUCGUAUGCGAACAAGGUUAAGGCGCUUGGGCUCGAAGGUCGUAACAAGGCAGAGGCAAAUCGCCAUGAGCUCGAAGGCCUCACAGACCCAGGUUGGGGUAUAUUGGUUGWUGGGAACAAAACCAUGUUUCAGGCACACUGGGAGAGUCAGAAUCUGGUUCUCGGCAAUGCCGAUCAUGAGAACGAGAUGCUGCGAAAGCUGGACUCUGCCCUGAAAAUGGAGCCUGGCAGGCUGCCCAAAAAGGAACACGACCAAUGGAAGGGUAUGCUGGGCUUGGAUGAGUCCGCUGCAACCGCGGCUCCUGUCAAGAGUGCUGGAUCCAAACUCCCAGCUGGCAGUGCGUUGGCGAAAACCGCCCCCGCAAUGGCUGCGCGCAGCUCUGCGCCCUCGUCACCGAGGGGUGCUGGUAUUAGGCCUGAUAGGAGCGGCAAGAAACGGCGGUAUAACGACUCUAGUUUCGAAGGAUAUGAGCAGGACGAUGAUGGUCACCAUUCGGCAGGCAUGGAUGAUACCGGCAGGCGCGUGAGCGGCUCGAAACGCCAGAAACGUCAGGCAAGUGAGAAAAGUGCUGCCCACCAAAAAGGCUCAUGA